UAAACAACAGUAGUCACUAUAGAUGCUACAUAUAUACACACACACACAUAGCCGUGUCUGCUGCUUCUCUGCUUCCUUCCUUCCUACUGCCGCAAGGGCUCGAACUGCUGCUGCUGCUUUGUCAAUGUUGAUUCAUCGAUUUGUUUUGUUUUUAAAUUGUCAUAAUGAUGUAUGAUCUUAAAGCGAAUGAGACGUGGGCAGGAUAAUGUCGCGUAGGGACACAGGUUCUGUGCGAGGAGGAGGAGGAGGAGAUGGCUCGGAAUCACAAGCAUCGUCUCCGAGUGAUGACUGCAAAUUUGUCAACUCCGCCCAUCCUGAGGCUGUACUCUCAGGCCUCAAUGAUCUACGAAAAAGUGGACAUUUCUGUGAUGUGACUUUGUGUGUGGAUGGAAUGACUUUCCCUGUGCAUAGAUCUGUGUUAGCAUCCUUCAGUCCGUACUUCCGGGCAAUGUUUUUAAGUAACUUGGCAGAGUCACAGCAAGAGCAUAUCACACUGAGUGGUGUUGAUCCUGGCAUGGUGUCUCAACUCCUUGACUAUGCUUACACUUCCACCAUCAUGAUAACGGAAAGUAAUGUCCAGGCCCUUCUUAGUGCCUCGAAUCUUUUGGAGGUGGCUGCUGUCAGAGAAGCUUGUUGCCGCUUCCUUGAACGCCACAUCGAUGCCACGAACUGUGUCGGAAUUCACUGCUUUGCUGAGGCCCAUGCUUGUCAUGAUCUUACUAGAAAGGCUAAAGCGUAUACCUUAAGAAACUUUACGCGGGUGAUGGGAGGUGAAGAGUGGCUUAAUCUACCAGUAGAAAAAGUGGUAGAGAUUAUAUCUGCAGAUGAACUGGAGGUAGACAGAGAGGAGCAUGUGUUUGAUGCUACAACUGCUUGGCUCCAUCAUUCUUACUCCACAAGAGCACCCACAUUCUACAAGGCUCUGGAGUGCGUGAGGUUGGCACUUGUUAGUCCGUAUUUUUUAGUGGAUGUUGUGGAAGGGGAAAUGGCCGUGAGGUCAUCGCCAGAGUGCCGUGUGAUAGUGGAGGAAGCCAGGCUCUACCAUCUCCUUCCCGACAGACGCCACCAACUAACAUCUCCACGCACCCGUCACAGACGGAACACAAACACGACAACGGUGAUAGUGGCAGUGGGCGGUGAAGACAACAAACUGGUGCUGCGCUCAGUGGAAUGUUUUGAUCCUCUUGCGCACUGCUGGAGAAGCCUUUCUUGUCUUCCAUUUGCUGUCAGCAAGCACGGUUUGGUUGUAUCUGGAGAAAAUAUCCUGUAUCUGGCUGGAGGAGAGUUUCCCGAUGGUACAGUGACUCGAUGUUUGUGGCGUUAUGACCCAGUCUUGGACGAGUGGCAUGACUUGGCACCCAUGUCUAAGCCCAGAUCAGAACUAGGUUCAGCAACACUAGACGGUUAUGUCUAUGCAGUUGGGGGUUGGGAUGGAUCAAAUAGGUUGACUGAUGUAGAACGUUACGAUCCUCGCAUCAACUCGUGGAGUCCCGUGGCUUCCAUGAAAUUGGCCCUUACUUCCCCAGCUAUUGCUGCCUGUCAAGGAAAGCUUUAUGUGUGUGGUGGUGCUAUUCUGGAAGAUGGUGAUGGGAUUGAUCUUGUGCAAAUGUAUGACCCCCACACGGACUCCUGGGAACAGCUUCCAUCAAUGAUUAUUCCACGAAGUGGCUCUGCAGCAGCAGUACUUCAUGGGUUUAUCUACAUCAUAGGAGGGUGGCAUGCUUCAACUGAGAAUACUAAUAAAGUGGAGAAGUUUGACCCGGUCAACAAGACUUGGGAAACUAUGACAGGCAUGUGUGAACGUCGCUACAGACCAGGGGUAGCUGUAGUGGAUGGAAAGAUCUACAUCCUGGGAGGAGAAGAUGGAUGGGAGCACUUCCAUGACACAAUAGAGUGCUAUAAUCCCAGCUUGGAUACCUGGACGCUUGUGGGAGAGAUGCUAACAGGUCGAUCGUGGCUAUCGUGUGCACCUCUCAGGAUAAAAAAAGAAAUUCUGGGUGACCUUGCAACCCCUCUAUCUUGACAUCCACGAGCCUCCACCAACCAGGCACGGCAAACAUUCUGGAAAUAGCCAGGGGCCAGUGCCAGUCCAUGAUCUUUGUCUGAAGAAGUACAUAGCAAAAGUUUUGGUAAUGUUGUAUGGAUGAAAGGACCCCAAAGCCAGGAGAGGACGGUUUUAUCAACAUUUUAAAUACUCUGGUAACUAUUUAUAGUACUGCAGUACUUAAGUUUAUGUUGUGAACUUGGAGAACAUGUAAUAAUCAUUCAUUUAAAGUUACUGAAUAGGGUGUCAAGUACAGGUUCAACUUCAGUGUUCAUUUUCAGUUUCAUUUACAGUUAAAGUUGUAAUUAAUGAUGCAUUAAAAAUUUAUGUCCAUUAUAAUAAUUACUUAGGCAUUCUGUGAUGGUAAUUUAUUGGAUACUAAAAAGAAAAUUGUUCAGUAUAUACAGAUGGUACUCAGUUUGUUCUGUGUAUGCAUUCCUAGAAAACCUUGUGAAGAUCAAAUUUGAAGUUAAGGUUACUGUAUAUAGAAAAAUAUGGUAUUGAAUGUAAUAUAACAUCCUUUUCUGGUGGGUCUCCAGUAGCUUUCCAGAGCUUGCGAACUAGAAAUUAAAACUCGGGGAGGGAGGGGAGGGGGGGAGGAGCACAUGAGCAUAGGUGCCGAGGAACAAUCAAACCUUGAUGAACCUGUUGAUUGUAAGAUGGCAGCCCUAGUCACAUAGGGUCUCAGCCAGCCAGCCAGCCACCUUACUCAUGAACUGCCAGUACUAAAUCCCAAACACCCAAUGGGGAAGAAGGAACUUAGGUAAGAAUGGAGAAGUAUUGCACUCUGAUCGGCUGAACCAAGCCACCUUGCAGAUGACAAGGAAGAACUUGGUGUUAGAACUAGGAACAUGAGACACAAUUGACGAUCAAGGACACUAUGAGUAGCAUGCAGAAUCCAAGUGUCAGUAACUAAAGGACCCCUCUAGAACUUGCCGCAUUCACCAAAAAUGAUAAGGAAAGGUUGAAGGGGAAGAGAAUGACAACAGUGCAUAAGCUCCAGGGAACUACUGAAGGGGCCUACUACAAAAUGGGAACAAUUGAGCCAUCCAAAAAUCCAUGAAAAUGAUAUAAUGUACCUGAACACUAUUAUUAAUUAAAUAUUCGUGCCAUUUUGAAGCCAAAAAAGUAAAUACAUAAUGAAAUGCAGAAUGCUUGAGAGGUGCCAUGUUAGAAUGUAAUUUUAAAAUGCAGAAAUUGUCAAAUUAUCAUUUGAUCAGAUCACGCCAGAAUAUGUUGACAUCUUGCACCAAAAUAAUAAUUUUACUGCAUAACCCUUGACCAUCAGCUUGUCCUUCAUGAGGGUGAAUUCUAUUAUCGUACGGUUGAAAUUGUGCUGUUAAAGCAAAAUGUAUGGGUGUGAAUUUCUUUUUUGAACUGAGGACUGAUUCUAUUUGGGAUAUUUAAUAUAACAACCACUACAGUAGAUUCAUUUAGCUGGCAGUUACAUAACCUAAGGUACCACUCAUAAAUAUGAUUCAAUUAAGUUGAUUUUUUGUUUACGCAACUUGCAAGAUUAAUGUAAAAAAUAUAAAACUUGUCUAAAAUAAUGAUGUUUAACAGAGUGGACAACAGCAGUGGACAUGAAACUUAACGAUGAGAUAAUCCAAUGCAAUAUGUUUUCAGCAUGCCAUAUAUCAAUUACAUAUUAGCCUAGGUUAGCUUUUCACAAAACUGAGGCAUAACUAUGUUGCUAAUCCAAUGAGUGUCCAUAACAUCACUGAAUAUUUUGGAAAUAUGCAUCAUAACCAUAGGUUAUGAAUAUGCAUCAUAUUCAUAACCUACAUUAGGUAUUGAUGAGCAGUUAUUAUUGUGUGUGAUGUAAAUUAGGUUAGUCUGUGCUAAUUAGGAGAUGUUUCUGAAAUAUUUAGUGAUAUUAUGGUCACUCAUCACAUACUAUCAACAUAGUUACAUCUCAGCCCAUGAUUGCUUUCACAAAACUAACAUUUAAUUGAUAUAUGGUAUGCUGAAAACAAUUAAAGCUUGAUGUUUCUAAUUUGUUAACAGGCAAUUGGUAUGUGUCAGUGAAAUUGAAAUUGAAAUAAGUUUAUUGAGGUAAAAUACACACAAAGGGAUGAGGUAGCUCAAGCUAUUCUCACCCCGUUAGUUGUCUUAGUUAUUUAGAGUAUACAGGUUGCUAACUUUUAUAAGUAUGAGUAAAAGGAAGCUCUUAUGGUAUCUUGCACUGAAGUUUCUUUUCUUGGUUGUAAUGACACUAAAGGCCACAACAGCUAUCUGCUGCACGCACAGACUCAAACCACACAGUACUGUGCAUAGAAUGCUGCGUUAAUUUUGCAUUUGCUCUCGAUCAAUUAGUGCUAGAAAACAAUGUUUCGAGAUAAUGGAAGUACUGAAUGUCUUACUGUUUAUCAAAAUUUUAAUUCAUUAAUAUUUUUUUCUAAUUGAAAUAUCAUAAAAGUGAGUUUCCUUUCAGCUGCAUUAAUAGAGGAAUGAGUUUGAGAGUUGCUAUAUAACGAGCAAAAAUAUAAUUUUGUGAAAUUGUGUUAAGAAGAGAUUCUCUGAGGACUAUCCUGAUGUAUGCCAAGAAAUAUUCAAGGCAUAGGAUGUACAGUACAUUGAAAAAUGUACAGUAUAUGGGAAUUAGGUUGUUUAUGUCUUAAGAGAAGGUUAAUGUAUUACUGACAUAAUAAGUGCUUCAAGUAUUUCACAUACACAGUUCAGCAUGUAGUGAUCCUUUAAAUCCAGUUUGUUUAGAAGGAUCCAUUAUAUGAGAAGGGAUCAAAUCCACUCUCUAGAUUACUCCUUACAAAAAAUUUCCAAAGGGGAAUGCAAUGACAUCUCUUUACAAAGUAAUUUUCAUUAAAUCUCAUAAUUGUUUAUAUACAGUAUUAUUUGUAUGUCUGAAUAUGCAGAAAUAUGUAUUACUGUAUGUGAUUUGCUAUAAGAAAGAUAUGUUGAAUUUUGUGAUAUAGGCCCCCCCCCAAAAAAAAAAAAACUCAAAAUUGUUAGGAAGUUAGGAUUUUAUCCAAAGCUGCACCGAGGCUGGAAAAUAGAAUUCAGAUUUUCAAGGGUGUUCUGUGGGUAUUUGUCUGUGCAAACUGUCUAAAUAAUGCAGAUAUAGUUGAUGCAGAGAGAUAAGCUUUCCUCUAAGAGGUGGACAACUAAGGUAAUGAUGGAAAAUAAUAUUUAACAGUUACUUUAAUGAGUAUUGGUAGCAUUGAGAUUAAGCAUGUGGCAGGCAGUGUAGAGAAACCAUAGUGUAAAUACUGUAUGUCUAACUCAACUAACAUCAGUAAGAGUAACCUAUUAAGGAACACAGACUACUGUAUUUCAUUUUAUUUCUCAUAUGGGUUUUCCUGAAUUGGCCUAAUCAAUUGAAAAUUGAUGGAUCUUGGUAGAUUUUAGAAAUACAGAGGUACCUCAGUUUACGAAUUUAAUCCGUUCCUGGAGAUGGUUCGUAAUCCGAAAAUGAUAUACUGCCUAGCUAGUUCAACAACACGUGUACCAUUUUAAUGUUUACGAAUGAUAUCUUGUUUUUCCUCUAUGGUCAUUCUCACGUGUGUUUUCUUGCCUUGAACCUUACCACUGGCUUUCUUGGGACCCAUGGUGAGAUAUAUAAUAACUUUUUGUUCAAAUAGCCAAAAAUCCAAAAAAAAAACCCUGUAAAUCCUUGCAAAGAAUUCAGGCGGGAGGCACUGGGAAACUGAGGCGCGAUUGACGUGCCGCCACACGCUAGGUCGGCCAUACGCUUCUCAACAAACUCGUAUCCCGAGGUAAAGUUUGUAACCCGAUUCAAAUUUUCCGAAGAAAUCGGGUUCGUAACCCAAAAAGUUCGUAAAGAGGGGCAUUCAUAAACGGAGGUACCACUGUAUAUAAAAUAAAUACUGUAGAGUGCGAAAAAUUUGAAUGUAAUAUUUACGCUGAGAAAAACAUUUCCUUUGUUCAUUUAAGAGUGGGGGCAGAAUGAAGCUAGUAGUUACAAAUUAACCAUUUGCAUUGUUAUACCUCAGACAACAUGUAUCCAUCAGCUGUAGAAACUAGUUUUCACUCCACAGCAUUUUCUUCUUUACUUGAAAUAUUGGAGGUUUGUAUAAUCUUCAGUCUUUCAUUAAAAUACCAUAUGUACUAUUUUAUGCAAUCUUAAUAUCUUCCAAAAAUUUUGUGUUCUGGUUAAUUUAAUUUACAUUCGAUAUUAUUAUCCAUUUAAUGCAAUUCAUUUAUCAUUCUCAUCUAAAUCAUUUUAUCGUUAAAGCCCGCAGGAUUACGUAAUAGUGUGAACACGUCAAGAAAUAAAAAACUCAAACGCAGUAUGCUAAUGCUUGUGGGCGAGAUGGGUCAAGUACUGUAAAUAGAGUAUGAUGCAAAAGGUGAUAGCACUCGACUUCAGCUUAAAACAUGAUCAUAUCAUUUAUGUUGCUGUAAAUUACCAAUGAGUGAAUGAAUGAAGUCAAGAUUUGGUGACAUUUUUGUCCUUUUACAGUUUGUAAGUAACAUUUUCAUAACUUUGCUUUAUAAUAAAUGUAAUAUUUCAAUGUACAGUACUGUAUUUGCUCAAGUGCUGUAUUAUAGGCUUCUGUAUUUCGAGGUAGUGCUGCAUGUAUUUCAAAGUUGAUUCAUGUGGUAAAGGAAAAUGAAAUGCAUAUUUAGCAGACAAAGAUCAAAAUACAGUACCAUACUGAAGUGAAGUUUCUCCAGCUGAGAUAUAUCAAACAAAGCACCUCAUAGCUGGGUUGUGGUGGAGGCUCAGUAACGUCACACUAAGCUGUUAACGUAUAUUGUAAAUAGCUGCUCUCUCUGUCUUGUUGCUUUUUUUUUUUUAUGGUUAUAUAUAUAUGUAAGUAUUGUUCCUUUAUAAAUUAUUUGGUUGAGAAUUUUUCUUACGUGUAUACUGUAUAUUUGAUAUGUUUUGAAGUAUACAGAGAAAAGAGAAUUAUGAGAAACUUGGAAAUAAAAAUGCUAAUUAAUGUUUAUUUCAGAUGGUAGUUUGUCAUUUAUUCCUUUUAGAUUUGGGCCAGUCAAGUGUUAUACUGUAAUUAUAAAAAUGUAACUGAUAAAACAUUGGUAGGAAAUUACUUUAAUUUAGAAUUGGAUAAUAAUAAUAAGGCUUCAAGUGCUUUUUAAGUUGAAAAAUGUUGUAAAUUAAUUGUAAUGAAUUGGAUGAAUGUAAAGGUUUGCACCAAGAUUACAGGGGGGAAGAUAAAGGUUUACACUAGAUUUCAAAGGUGAAGAUGAAGAUUAAACUAAGAUUGUAAAAGAGAUAAAGAUUAACACCAAGAAGAUACGGUAAAUAGAACCGGUAAAAAAUCAGAGUACUUAUUGCACUACUCAUAAAUGCUGUCACUUUCAUCUUAAAGCCCUUACUAUCUGCUACUUGAUCAUUCUUUUCAUGGACACUUAAGAAAUAGUUUUCAUGUCUCAUAUAAUGCAAGUUCAGGGUACUCGAUGAUGGCUACAUCCGAAUAAUUCUUAUUUAUAGUCCCCACUUGCUGUUAUCUUGGAGUGAACUUUGGAUUUUAUACCUAGAUGGAGGAGUUCAUGUGGAAAUGGAAGUAAGGAGAUACAAUAUAUGUAUACUUAUAUUUUUAUGGUUUUGAAAGGCAAAAAGUCGUAAAUUUAUCUACAAUAUUUAAUGUUUUCAUAAUACUGUACAAAAAAAGGAUUCCAGAUGCAUGCAAAGUCCACUCAAAUAGAUGCAAGGUUUGAGUGAAAUUGCUCUCUCUCUGUGCAUUGUAUUUUGCACGUAAUAUCACUAACAAUUUUCUCAAACUCCAAAGAAAUGCCUUAUUAUUUUUAUGAUUUUUUUUCAUCCUUUGGCAAUGUUUCUCAGAUGUUUUUACCUCCAUUAAUAUGGAAGUAGAGUGUACAGUUUUGUGUAAUUGUUUUUAAAGCAAUAUAAACUAAAGUAACAGUUAAGAUAAAUAAUAGUGUAAUAUAUAUAAAAGUAAACAUUGCACAGAAAUAUUAGUGUUAUUAUUUUAAUCACUGUUUUGUUAUAUAAGAUGUUUAUUGUGUUUUGUCUGAUGUUUUAUAUCAUUUAUUAUUGUUCAGCCUGGUUUGGUCACAUCGUAUACAAGACAAUUUGACAAAGUUUAUUUCCGUUUGUUAAAAAAACUAUUUUUUUUAGCUUAAGUUAGAUGUGUUGGGCUUGAUUUAUAUUAGGCGACUUAAAAUCCGUUGGCGAAUCAAUCGCCUUGUGUACGAUGUGACUUGUAUCUGUUCAGUUACAUAAGGUAAGCUGUACCGUUUCUUAAUUAUAUUUAGAUGCAUAUUUGCCAUGCCUUGUAUUUAUUUUGUAAUGCCUAGUCUACUAGCAUUUAGCCAUUAUUGAAAAUAAUUGACUAAGUCACACAAACUGACUGCUAAAACAAUUAUGUUCAUAUUAUUAGCGGUAUAUAAGUAAAUAUGGAAGUAUAGGGGAUAUAUAAUUCAAGACUUAAUUGUUAUUUCAGAGCAGCAUUUCUCAGUCUUUGUACUCUUAAAAUAAUUCUAAGCUGUGCUCGAGAUACACACAGAUUCCACUGUCAUCUGAAAGACUAUUUCUAUCUUUGUUCUUAAUACUGGUUAAAUCAGAAAGAGACAUUUGUAUAUAAUUGGAAAUAGUAAGCAGGUGAUAACAGCAGAAUAAAAUAACUAUGAAAGUAAUAUACAGUGAAUAAAAGUACGAAAAGAAUUUGCCAAGUAUCUUGUUACCUAAUCUAAUAAGCAUUAAAGGAAACAGUUAAAUAUGGAGUUAAUAGAAAUAAUAAUAAUUUUUAAUAUGGAGUGUGUAGUGUAAACUUAAGAUUUAGUUACAUCAAGUUUUGAAAUUCUCACCAAGUGUAGAAUUUGACAGGAUUGAGACUCAAACCUCGGAAUACAAGAAAUGCACUAUUGUACAUUUUUGUUGUGCGCCAUAUCUACACUACUGGUACUGUCUCAAUGUUCACAAGUCUAGGAAUUACAGUAUUAAAAUAGCUUAUACUAAUGUUAUAAUAUAUAUGACAUCCUGAUAUUAAUCGGUGUCAUGAUUCUCAUUAUCAGCAAAGUUGCUAUUGUUGUAAUUGCAGUGCAGUAUUAUUUUGAAUAUUUAGUAUUACAAGUACAGUACAUUAUUAAUGAAAUGCUGUAUCUAUUAAGAAAUUCAUUUUAUGGGUCAAAAUAGUUAAUCAGUAAGCCUAGAAAUAAAUACUGUAUUAAGAAAGGUUUACAAUUAUCUUAUUGAACACAAUUUUUAUACCAGAACUGGCUUUUAGGUGUUGUAUUCUUGAUAUGCCUCGUGAAAAAUAAAAAAUAAAUAAA